AUGAGUUCUUCGCUAGCAGCACUCUGUAGAAAACGUAACACUCUAAACAGUGUUCCAGUCAGCCUGAUGCUUGGUCACCGAAUGGUGUUUAACAAACUGAUUGUUGACGUUCAGUCAGUCCGGAGAGUGUCAAUCAAGAGUCUCUCCAAUGUAAUCAGCCUGGAACCCGCAGUAUUUGAUAGUAUUUGAUUUUUACUUUGCUCUCGAUCUUUUAUGGUGGUCGACCCUCCUAGCGUUGUGAUCAGUUUGUGAGUAACAGCCCUGUUGUAGGGUUCUACGAGUAGAGUUGCUGUCCACGUAACAGUUCAACAGUAAAUGUCUGUAGCGUGAGGUCUAGCGUUCCUCUAAACAUUUUGUCUCGCAAAUCCACUGAUUUGUGAUUUGCUUUAAAAAAACAAACGUUGUGUUAAAAAAACUUUUUGUCUCUAAGGCAUUAAGAAGUGUCAAAGUAGCUGUGAAUGUCUGAUCAAAGCGGUGAGUAUAGUUGCUCCUUUGUCAUAGCUACUUCCGGGCCUAGGAAAGGUUGACCUUGUAGGGUUGUAAGAUAUGCGUUAUGUUGUUCCUCCUUCGGAGUCGAAGAAGACCAUGACAUCCCCAGCUGUUCCUGGAGUUGGUGUGUCCGAAGGUGGCUGGUGGGGCCAAUCGGGGUAUGGAUCCUUCUGGUUUGCUGGUUGAUUGCAGCUCUGGCCUUGCACAUCUCGUGUUUCUUUUCUGCGGCAUCAGUUCUGUUAUCUUUGGCUGCAUGGGCUCCGCUACGAAUGCGGUUGCGCCAGAUUGGACGGUCGGCAGGAAGGUUCUCCUAGGUCUGACUGUCUAUUGAGAAAUCUAUCGGAGAGACCUUGAGGCUGUCUUUGAAUUGCUUGCCUUUGGCAAGCGAUGACCUGACCUGUGAUUGAUCCUUUUACCAGCGUCGCGAUCUCUAAAAGCACCUUUCAGCAUAGCAGAGGACAUCAAGCUUAAAAAUGUAGGGGCAAGGACACAGCCUUGCUUGCGCCGUUGGAGACUGGGAAAGAAUCUGACAGUUCAUCAUCAUCAAGGACUUGGGCUUGCAUGCCCUCCAGGAACUGGCGAAGGAGAGUGAUGAAUUUGUGUGGCAGCCAAACUUGCUCAUGGUUUUGCACAAUCCGUCUCUGCUGACUGUGUCGAAUGCCUUAGGGAGAUCCACAAAGGUGGUGUAGAGGUCGCGGUGCUGUUCCAAAAACUUUCCUUGCAGCUUGCAGGUGGCAACUAUCAUGUCGACUGUUCCUUGACCUGCAUGGAAACGCACGGGUUGAUUUCCAGUGUCACAUAACUUUUACGUGCAUACGUGCGUAAAAUUUAUGUUCGCAAAUACAGAGGCAAUGCAUGAAAGGUCACUUGUAAGCGUAGAAGUUGAACCUUGUUCAACUUCUCGUUUAAACUCAGCACUUUUUAUCUUGCCUCUAUUUUAUCUACGUGAUUAACAUUUACGUGCGUUAACGUGCAGAGCCAAAAAUGCGUCAGUGGAAAGAAACCCCUAAGGAGGAGACCUUGCUCCAGAUGGUGGAGGAGGCUGUUGAGCAGCACGCGGGCUAAGACCUACCCAGCAGUAGAGAGAAAGGAGAUUACACCAUGAUUGUUGCAGGAAUGCUGGUUUCCUUUGCACUUGUAGAUGUGGACGAUUGUGGCGUCUCUGAACUCUUCUAUAAACACAAAGAAGUGCUGAGGCAAGGGAAGGCGCUCCAUAAUGCAGACUGUAAAAGGUGAAACUUAAGAGUGGAGUUUGAAAUUUUGUUUUCAACCUGAGGCCGAUUAAUACACCAGGGAAGGGAUGGAAAGUGUUUCACCUUCAAAGACACUGGCUCGUACAACUGUAGUUAUCAGAUAUCUGUGACAACUUGAUAGCAUCCAUUAAGCUUCCAGUAGACCAUAAUUCGUCUGUUUGUUUGUAAUCCAGCUUAGUUCUGGUAACAAAGUCGAUGGAAGCCAUCUGUAUAUAGAAUACGCAAUACUCUGAGCAGGGUCCCAGUCAGUGUGAUUGUUCAUUGUAAAUGGUAUUGACUAUUCAGCAAUGACUGAUUCUUGGCAUGGCAAUUCCUUGAUGCCGGUUUGUGCUUGCAUUGUGGUUGUAUUAAUCUCUUCAAAGCUCGCGUAGUCAUUCCUUUAUGAUUAUUAUACUUCCGUGUUGAAGAUGAGAGAUAAGGUAGUCGGUGGCUAGGCCUCAGUUGGAGUCAUUUUCGGUAGCAGUAAGAUGAAGUAAUUGUCCGUACGAUCAGGUGGAGUCAUUUUCGGUAACAUUUGGAUGGAACAAUCACAGGCGCGAGUAGAGUCGGGUAAUCUUCGGCAGUAGUCAGAUGGAGUGAUUGCCGGCACGAGUGGGGUCGAGUAAUUUUAGCAAGACAUAGUUUGGAGUCGUUCCGGGUCCAAGAAAGGUAUUUUACUACACACUUUUGUGCACGAUCUAUUCAAAUACGAUGUUUGGCUUUCAACGUCCAUCUCGUCUUUCUGUACAGUGGAGGAAAUGUUGUCAACGCAGCGUACGAAGCAGAGAGUUAAUUGUUAUCAAAUGCUUGUUCCUCGAUGCUUUGAACUACGAUGAAAUGUAGAGCGGGCCCUGUUAAAACAGUAUUUAACUUCAGAACAUUGCAGUGACAAGAAACAAUUUGGAUACCAAUUGAAUGAAACUGUAGGCCGCAUUUCUAUGGGAGGAAGGUUGUCUUUCUAUGAUAGUCCAUAAAAUGUGGUGGAUGGCUGCGUAACACUACGCUGACCUGAGGUUGUUGAAACGUGGAAGCUUGCAUCAAAUCUCUUCAGAGUAUUGGUCGGUUCUCGAUAACAUUUUUCAUCGUUUGUUUGUUUGUCGAUUUUGCGGGCGACACGGAUCUACAGGCGCCGUUCCGUAAUGAUCAGCACUCUUUGUCUGCUCUCGCCGUCUCAGAGGUAUAUGCAGAACUACUUGUUUGCCUUUGAUAACUUCCCGUCCUGUAGUAAAGUAGAUUCUUGUGCACUCAUGACGCUUUCCUUUGUCCAAUAUGACAACUUGUUUAGACAAGACUGAACCCUUGGUUUCAACCCUAAGCACAAUAGCUUCGGUCGGAACUCGUAUAGGACCGGCUGGGUGUGUCUGAGUGCUUCAAUCCGUAAGAGUAAGAUAGAAUAGGGUUCAGUAGAGUUCAGUCUCUUUUCGUCUAAGGAAUAGGAAGAAAUAUUCCUAGUCAUUUAGAGCCUUUUAGCGUUUCUGUGUGGGGGUGUUGCAGUCGUGUCAUCUUCAGAAAGUUUCAGUUCGAAAUUGUUCAGCUGUCUCACUAGCGCGUAUGGGACUGUAAACGUCAGUAUUGCGUGAAGUAAGGUAGUACGAAAUAACUAUUUGAGCUUGCCGAGUCCCUGUGGUCACUUGCUCUUGUAAUUUCAAGUCUGGUAUGACGGUAUUCAGUAGGAGCUUGGGUUAUCGUCUGCAGAUGGCUUCAAUUGACUUGAUUACUAAGAACUGAAUGACUUCUCUUGUGAUUGACGCAGACUUAAGUCCAAGUCCGGCCGGAUCGAGACUAAGAUCAUUGCAGUUCAGUGUUGCCGAGUCGUCUUUGCCAUUUGUUAUUGUUAGCUGUUGAGUCUCCUAUGACGAUAGUCAAUCGGUCGUCUGCAGAUGGCUUCACUCUACCUAAUAAUUAGGAACGUUAUGACCUCUCUUGUGAUUGACAUAUUCUAACGUCCAAGUUCGGAUGAAUGGAGACCGAGAUAAUAACAGUUCAGUCGUUUUAGUUUCAUUUGUUAACUGUUAUACACGUAGUUACGUUACCCGGUUGUUUGCUCCGUCUUGGGAGUAACCAUAAUAACAGUAAAAGAAUUCAAACCAAAAGAGAAGGCAUAGAGACCUUCAAUGAUUGUUCAGUUAGGUAGUCUUCAAUAAAACUGAUAGAACAACAACAACAAAUGAGUAGAAGUCAGACAUCGGAGUCAACGUGAAUAGCUUAUCUUCAGUUGACGAUAAAAAGGACCUGUUUGAAGUAGUUGGAAUAUGAUCACCAGCACAAUUGUAGUUCUGGAAAGGACUAUUGUUGACAGUGAUGUUUUGUCAGACUGCGGGAGACGUCAGGCGGACUCAAAGUGAAUAGCGUGCAGUCAGUUGAUUUUAAAAAGGAUCUUUUCUGAAUGAAAUAUGAUUGUACCCGUUGGUGACUGACUGAUUCUAGCCCUGAAUAGGUCUGUUGCUAACAUUGUCUCGUCAUUGGUCAUCAGUGAAGUGGGUGCGAUAUGAUCAGCUGACAAAUUCUCAUAUUCAACAUACUUCAAACUCAAUUUUUUCGUCUUCAAUGAAGUUCAUUUCGUCGAGUGUGAUUGGUAACCACUAUUGCUAAGCUUUUACUGACCGACCACUAGUACCCAUUCAGACCAUCUUAGCUUCUUUUUUUGUUUUAAAGGUAAUUUUUUAACAACUAAAUUCACUACCUAUGCUUUGAGCUGGUUCCUCCAAGUCUUCCUUGUGAUCUUGAUCCGAAGUGAUUUCCCUUGGUUUCCUUUGCAAUCCAUGAUCUCCUUCCCAUGACUUCCUUGAUCCAGUCUACAUCAAAGCAUUUACAUUGCUCAUCUUUCUGCCAAAAAAUGAGAAUGACUAAGUACUUAACCCUUCCACCUCUAAAGUGGCACAAAUCAUGAUUUAACAAAAUUUCCAGACUUCGCUUAAAAAAAAACCCUGAAACACACAUCUAAUAACCAAGAGGUUUCAUUUGAAUUAUCACAACAUGGGAUUUCGUCCGCAGACUCUAAAGUAAGAACCACAUUGCAAAAACUCCAUCAUGUACCCUGGGAGUGAAAGAUUUGCACGAUUUUCUAGGGUAUCAAUUAUUGAAGCAAACGUUCAAAAAUGGCAAUGAAAGUAGUGGGGACUCUAAUUUUUUGCAUCUGAAAAAGCCAAUCAUGUUAUUAUUUGAUUAAUGACAUCGAACCUUUUUAAAAUAGACACUAAGUCUCACAGGAGACUGGUGUUCAAGUCGCACAGGUGUGCAUAAAACAGAAGUGAGGAUCUGAGACCAAAAGAACUGUCCAUAACACACAGGUUUCUGUAAUAAAGAGAUCAUACCAAGUGUUCUUGUUAUUGUUUGAUUUCUACCUGAGUUCUAAAAAUGUGGAUCAUUUUACGUUUCUGGGAAACUGCCCACCUACCUCUCCCCUAAGCCAGCAUCAACACUUACUUCACCUUACCUACUUCUUACUUACGGCAAAACGUUAGCUUAGUGGAGGGGUAAAAACGUAUAAUAAUCCAUAACUGUGAGACUUUUCCAACAAAGAUCAAAAUUAAUUUAAUUGAAACUCUCAAAAUGAUCAUUGUGUCAGUGUAUUCAUGGCAGUUCAUUGCCUGAAAAAAUGCAAACAGAGUUAACUUACCAUGUUCAAAAAAAUAUCAUCCUGUUAAGAGUGUUUUUCGCCGUUGUUUGUCAUCCUCCACCCUUUUCCAUUGACUUUCAUCUCUGACAUUCCUCUGAAGAGAGAAAAGAACUGUGUUUAGAGCAUUCAAUGAGGACUUUGUACCAAAGUCUUGAAAAAAUUGCAAUUAGGUUUCCUUAUCAUUCAAGCCGGGUUCAAUUGCAUCCUGCUAGACCAAAGCUAAGUCAAGCUCGAUCGAGACCAGGAUUAUUCAAGAGUUCAGUGUUGUACUGUAGGAUUUCUCUCGAGUUGCUUUCAUAACUGGUACAAUGAGUUGUUAUUUCGAUCAUUCAAGUACAUGUUAUAAUAUACCGGUAGUAAAUGGUUUGAACCCUAGAGUCACGUCUUAAAGACGUUUAAGGAUCAUUCAGUGAGUUGGUCUUGAAUAGGACUGAUAGUAUGAAAGUUAUCGUAACAUGCCGAAGUCAGACAUCAGGGUUCAAGUGAAGAGCAUAUCCUCAGUGGAUGGCGUAAAGGAUCUGUUUGAAGAAGUUGGAGUUACAAUGAUUGUCCAGGUGGUUGUACUCCAGAAUAGAGCUGUAGUCAUUAGUGACUUAUGUUUCAACGAAAUUUCCCAAAACCAUCAAGUCAGUCAAAGUGAGUUUGUGGUCAUCUUUCAAAUUCAUGGUGUCAGUAAAACUCUACUUAUUCACCUAACGGGUCAAUUAGUCAUGAUUUUAAUGGUUGCCUGUAAGUUAAGCCAUAGUAUUAUCGGCUGUUGAUAAAAUUGCCAGGCGAGUGAUGGGUUGCGAUCCUUCUUUGUCACUGUAAUAUCAGUACUUACUUGAAACGCAGGUUUCUCUACCUUAGACAAAGUACACUGGGAUUGUCUAGGAAUUAGUAGCUGCUGUAACAAAGUUUUUACUGACCAAAUCCUGCGCCCAUUUUAACAUUUUUUUUGUUGCUAAAAGUAAAUUUUCAACAACUAAACUUCUGCUACCUGUGCUUUGAGUCCUUUUCCUUUGAGUCUUCCUUGUGAUCUUGAAAAGAAGUGAACUUCUGUGAACUCUUCACGUCUUAUUUACAUAGCUUCCUUGAUUCAGUCUACAAUCAGAGCAACAACCAACAUCACUUGAUCACCAUAAUGCACUUCAAACAGAUCCUUUAUGCCAUCAACUGAAUGAAAUCAAGGAAAAGAAAAAGACUCAGUACUAAACCCUUUUUGGGAGGCAUGAGGCCAAGCAGUUAACACCUCGAACUCCAGAUCUGGAAAACUGGGGUUUAAGCCACCCAGGUGUAUAAAAGGAUACCAGCAACAUAAGGCUGGGGGUAACCCUGUAAUGGACUAGCAUCCCCUCCAGGGGAAAGUAGCAAUACUCCUACACACGCUUCAUGCUAACAAAAUCGGGAUAAGCUCCCGCCAUUUGAGCCUUUGGCUCAAGUGCGCCUUUACCUUACUAAACCCUUUCACUUCAAAAAGAAGUCAAAAUUCAAGGUCCAACUGACGUCCAACCCAUUACCAUAUAUAUACCGUUUUUCAAGAAAAGGGUACCCCUUUCAUAAACCCUCUACUGACAAAUGGUACCCCUUUCGCAUACCUUGUUUAUAACUUUGCAUCCCUUUUAACUGCGGUAAAUGCACUGUCUUAAAUAGGAAUCAAUGACAAAAAUAGAACCUUUUUGAAGCCAUAAGAUCCGUCUGUUAUUUGGGCCCUUUUACAGACCCAAAAGAAAGAUUUCACUACCCUUUUAUAUACUUCAGCUAGUGAAAUCCCUACCCCUUCAUAUACCUGAAGCCUGAAAAAGGUACCCCUUUUGAGCGCGACCUCCCAGGUGGUGUGUUUCGAUCAGUCUGUUAACAUCGUAAUUAUUGGUUCCCGCAUUGUUGACAAGAUCUGUGAUUGGUCGAUCAAAUCCUCUUGUCAUUCGUCAUCAGUGAAAUGAGUGUGAUGUGAUUGGCUGACAUCGUCAUAUUCAACAUACUUCAAACUCAAAUUUUUUUUGCCUUCAAUGAAGUUCCUUUGGUCACGUGUGAUUGGUAACCGCUAUUGCUAGGCUUUUACUGACCGGCCUCUAGCACCCAUUCUGACCAUCCUGGCUUCUUUUUGUUGUUAAGUUAAUUUUUUAACAACUAAAAUUGUACCUCGGCUUUGAGCUAGUUCCUCAAUUCUUCCACCUCCAAAAGUGGCACAAAUCGAAAUUUAACAAAAUUUCCAGACUUCAUUUUGUUAGAAAGACCUGAAAAACAAAUAAACAUACCACAUCAGACAUCGGACAUCAAACGUCUGACAUACCACAUCAGACAUCGAACAUCAGACAUCAGACGUCUGA